AAAAAAAAAAAAAAAAAAAAACUUCUGCAACAACUAUAUAAAACCCCAAGCCUUUUCGUUUUCUUUUGCGAAAUGUCGUCACUGUCGUGCACUUUGCGUGUCUCAUUUCCCACACGCGCCUUUGAAUCUUCCAGAAAGACUAGGAGAGCAACACGCCGUCGUUUUCAAAUUCUAUGCUUUUCUUCGCAGCCAAAUCUUCACGAAGGAGUAGAAGAAGAAGAAGAAGAAGACGGGGCUGGUCAUGGCAGGCAGGUGAUCUUGGUGGAGAGAUAUGGCAAUGGCACUGCUAAGAGGUACAUGUUAGAUGAAGAAUCGGGAUUGAGAACUUUUGUUGAGGAGCUUAGUUCAGAGACUAAUAGGUUACAGGACUUUCAUACCUCUGACACUACAUUAUCGUGGCUUCCGGACAUUGUUAAAGAUUUUAUUUUACCUGCAGAAUUCCCAGGAUCAGUGUCAGAUGAUUACUUGCAGUACAUGUUGUUACAGUUCCCUACCAAUGUUACUGGAUGGAUCUGCGACACAUUAGUCACAUCAAGUCUUCUUAAGGCUGUUGGUGUUGGCUCUUUCUCAGGAACUACUGCCGCCGCCUCAGCUGCUGCCAUCAGAUGGGUGUUGAAGGAUGGCAUUGGAGCUGUUGGACGCUUAUUCAUUGGUGGGCGCUUUGGAAAUCUUUUUGAUGACGAUCCUAAACAAUGGCGCAUGUACGCAGACUUCAUUGGUAGUGCAGGAAGCAUUUUCAAUCUAAGUACGCCACUGUAUCCUGCCUAUUUUUUACCACUGGCAUCUCUUGGAAAUCUUGCAAAGGCUGUAGCAAGAGGACUAAAAGAUCCUUCAUUCCGUGUGAUUCAAAACCAUUUUGCAAUCUCAGGAAAUCUGGGAGAGGUAGCAGCAAAGGAGGAAGUUUGGGAAGUAGCAGCACAGCUUCUUGGCCUUGCUCUGGGCAUACUGAUCCUGGAGGCACCUGGCCUUCUCAAAUCAUAUCCAGUGUUGUCAUUGACAUGGAUGAGCGUGCGGCUUCUGCACCUUUGGUUGCGCUAUCAAUCACUUUCGGUUCUACUAUUUAACACAAUAAACCUCAAGCGUGCUCGUCUGCUGGUAAAAUCACAUGUUUUACACUCAGUUGUUCCAGAAUGUGUUGCGUGCAACAAGGAUGAAAAUAUUUUAUUAUGGCAAACAUUCAUGAAACCACGGAUAACAUUUGCUGUGUCCUUGGAGGAGAUGGUUGGUGGUGAGAGAUCUAUUUCCAUGGUGAAAACACUUCUAAAAUUAUAUGCAAAGGAGCAAUAUAUUCUUGUGGUGAACCAACAGCAAGGAGAUUUUGAGGUCUUUGUCUCAUUCAAGGUGGAAGCUACGAGUGUGUCUGUCUUGCGUAGUGUUUGGCAGACUUAUUGGCUACAUGAGAACUGGGACAGUUCGGAAGAUGUCUUCCAUCAGCUCGCACAAAGCAUACUGCAGAUGGAAGAUAGAUUUGAGGAUUUUAUCCAACAGUUAAAUAGAGCUGGAUGGGAUACACAUCAAAUAAAUCUGAAGGUCCCUAAGGAAAUUACCAUUGAUGAAUCAGGUCUUGUUUGAUUGUUCAAGCAUCGGUGAUCAAAAUGUCUUCAUUUUUUUGGGUUUGAUCCUAAGUACCCUUAUGCGCCUAUAAUGUGGGCUCUCACUCAACCAAAAUGGACAUGCUGGUGGCGUGCAACACAAUGCUUUUUGAGGAAGGUGUCCAGUUCCCUCUGCCAAUUUUAUCCGAAAAUAAGGGGAAUGGAGCCAUGGAAACAUUUGGCUAGAAAAAGGUUCUUUGACUUGAAUGCCUUGGCUGGUAUGCUGUGACGUUUUGCACUGGAAGGACAGUUAUAGAAAUUCAGAUGGACUUUAGGUCCUGUUAAUGUAAACGAGUAAUUUUGGCUUAUUCAAAGUUUUGAAGUGAUCUAUUUAAUGGACCACAGAAUUUUGGGUCCUUUCUUUCAUUAUAAUUUUUAUUUGGCAA